AUGUCUGAUCCAGGUGAAAUUCCGCCGGAAAACACCCCGUCUAUAGUGGGAGUCGAUCAAAUGAUGGCAUACCUCCACAAUGUUGAAGACUGGAAGAUGGCCAGGCUCCAGCAGAUUCACCUCCUGGUGACAGAAAUCCGCGGCGGUUUCAACGGCAAAACUGAAAUAAGUACGGCACGUGAAGAAGCCAUCAAAGAGUGGGUUGGAGCUGUAUGCAGAGAAAGUCGCCAGUACAGACUGGUCGAGGCACGGCGACAAAGAAUUGGCAAACGUCUUCUAGCCCAGGGCCGAGAACGCGAAGUGGCAACCAUGGCGGGGAUGCGGCGAGUGUGCCUUCUAGCUUCCGUCAUGCAAAGAGAGAACACAAACGCGCCGAAGGCAUCGCACGUUUCACCACAGACUAGCGGCGCAGACGGCCAGGGAGAGAUUCUACUGCGCUGCGGAAUCUGCGGGCCUUGCCUCUCAGUCAACCAGUCUGCUCCGAACCUCAUAUCUCAGGGUAAUGUGAUACCCGAGAGUCGCGUUGGCGGCCCUGCGCAAACUGACCGCGACACGGCUGCGCUUGUGCCGUCAGCGAGCGAGCCUGCGUCAGCGAGCAAACCGGAAGACGGUAAAAGCUCAGCUUAUUCAGUCCAGACGCAGCCUGGGUCUGGCGCUUCGGAGAGUGAUCGCCGUGUCGAUGCUCUUGUUAAGGCUUCUCGCAGAGGCGAGACCGUCCGCCAAGCGGCCGGCGGAUGA